GAUGGUGGGGAGCGCAUCGACGACCUGCGCGUCAUCCUGGGCCGCGCGGCAGAGGUGGCCACGCUGUUUGAUGAUGAUGGCAUCCUGGUCCGCUUCAUGAACUCGCCAGUGGAGGGCAACGGCAUUCGCAGCGCCGCCGACGCAUCUGCGCUGCUGGGGCAGGUGCGGUUCAGCGGCACGACCCCCCUGGCCUCCAGCAUGAGGUCCCGCGUGCUGGAGCCCGUGGUGUUCUCCCUGGCGGCUCGCGGCGAGCUGGCCAAGCCUGUGCUGGUCAUAUCCAUAACCGACGGCGAGCCCACAGACACGCCCAGGGACGCCAUCUUGCAGGUUAUUCGUGAUGCGCGCGCCCGGCUGGCCCCGCAGUAUGGCCCCAAGCCUGUGGCCUUCCAGUUUGCACAGGUUGGCCGCGAUGCGCGUGCCCAAGCCUUUCUGGGAAAGCUGGACAAGGACCCGACUGUUGGUGACAUAAUUGAUUGCACGAGCUACUUUGAGCAGGAGGCUGAGGAGUAUGCACGCAAGGGAGUGACGCUUUCUGUGGAGGCGUGGCUGUUGAAGCUGAUGGUGGGAGCCAUCGAUCCCACAUAUGACGCUGAGGAUGAGGGCUGA